AUGAAGGUCACCUCUAUUCUCGCUACUCUGAUGGCCGCUGGCCUCGUUGCCGGUGCUCCCCCCAAUGAGCGCCCUACCGAUGUCCAGGGCAACCCCCUCCCGGAGCCUACUGCAGCUGAAGUUGCUCUGCCCCCGGCUCAUGGCGACAAUGACAAUGACAAGCGGGACCAAGUUCCCCCUCCUCCCAAGGACGCCAAGCACCCCAAAGACGUUAAGGACAGCGGCAAGCGGGACCAGGUUCCCCCUCCUCCCAAGGAUGCCAAGCACCCCAAAGACGUUAAGGACAGCGGCAAGCGGGACAAGGUCCCCGCCCCUCCUAAGGAGGAGGUCAAGCACCCCAAAGACAUCAAGGACAGCGGCAAGCGGGACCAGGUCCCCCCUCCCCCCAAGGAUGGCAAGAAUCCCAAGGAUGUCAAAGAUGGCAAGCCCGCCCCCCAGGGAAACUAA